AUGUGCAUGUCUUCAUGUGCUGUUGUUCAUGUAGAAAGAGAUUUCAGAGCUGGAAAGGCUCACCCAAAUUCUACCACAGCUUGCUGUGAGGGAAAGGUCCCUCGAUCUGUAUGCAGUGAGAGCUGUCCUGUAGGGAAGAGGAAAGUUCCACGAAGAGGUGAACCUACAUGCUGUUUUGACUGCAUCAUGUGUCCUGAGGGAGAAAUUUCUAAUAAAACAGACAGCAAUGAUUGUACAAAAUGUCCACCAGCUGAGUGGUCCAGUGAACAGCGGGAGAACUGCAUGCCAAAAAUAGUGGAGUUUAUUUCUUAUGAAGAUCCCAUGGGGACAGGUUUAGCUACCUCUUCAGUACUGCUCUCAGCGAUCACAUUGUCUGUGUUUUGUGUCUUUAUUGUUUAUCGACACACCCCAGUAGUGAAAGCCAACAAUCUGGUCAUCAGCUACGGUCUCCUUGUGGCUCUGAUACUGUGCUUCCUGAGUUCCCUUCUUUUCAUUGGUCAGCCUAGAAAGGUGACUUGCAUGCUUCGCCAGAUUGCAUUUGGCAUAUCAUUUUCCCUUUGUAUUUCAUGCAUUCUUGCAAAAACCACAACAGUUGUGAUUGCUUUUAGUGCAACAAAACCAAACAGCAAAUUGUCUGUAUUUGUGGGUUCCAGAUUACCGCACUAUAUUAUUAUCCUGUCAGUAAUUGUUCAGCUGAUUCUGUGCAUUUCUUGGCUCACUACAUCUCCUCCAUUCCCUGUAUUAAAUAUGAAUGUAGCCAUUAACAUAAUAUCAGUUGAGUGCAAUGAGGGCUCGGCCUUCACUUUCUACUGCAUGUUGGGAUAUCUCGGAUUAUUGGCAGCUGUGAGUUUUAUAGCUGCUUUUCUUGCAAGGAAACUACCAGACAGUUUUAAUGAAGCAAAGUUCAUCACUUUUAGCAUGGUUGUUUUCCUCAGUGUGUGGCUCUCUUUUGUCCCUGCCUAUGUCAGCACCAAAGGGAAGUACAUGGUUGCUGUUGAGAUUUUUGCCAUCAUGUCUUCUAGUGGAGGUCUUCUGUGUUGUAUCUUUUUCCCAAAGUGUUACGUUAUUCUCCUGCACCCCGAGUGGAACACAAAGGAGUAUCUGAUUCGGAUGGGGAAUUCAAAUAAAAGAUUGAACAGAAAUUCAUGA